GAUGAACUGAACUAUGGCACGACUGCGAGUGGUAGCCAAUCAGAGCACAGAAUGCGGAGUGGUGCCGGAAUACGGGUUGGAGUCAAAUCUGUUGUGACAGUCGGAUGGUGUGGAGUAACUUUAAUGCUGUAGUGGAUCAGGAUGGCAGGAAUUUUGUAUUGUUAAGAUGAUGGAUUAUAAUCAGGUAGCUGUAUGCUAACCCGUCAUAGCUGUAGUGAGAAUUGAAUACGAUAAAAGAGAAAUGUUUGAGAAUUUCAGAGAGAGACUGCAGAGCGUGCAGCAGGACUUUACAUCAGGAAUCAAGACCUUGAGCGACAAGUCCAAGGAGGCUAAAGUGAGGAAGAAACAGAGAAGAGAAGAGUAUUUCCCUCAGUACUCCGCUGGACUGGAGCUGUUGAAUCGAUAUGAGGAAACCUGGGUGACGCUGCACAAACGAACCAAAGAAUGUGCCAAAGCUGCAGAAGUGGUGGAUGGAGAUGUGGUGAUGCUCUCGGCUCACUGGGAGAGGAGGAGAGGAGCCCUGCUCGAGCUACACGAACAAUUACAACAGAUUCCAUCCUUGAUCACAGAUCUGGAGUCCAUCACUGCUCGAGUCGCUCAGCUCGAGUCUGACUUUGAGGAGAUGGAGAGUCACCUGGUGCACUUGGAGAAUCUGUGUGGUCAGUGUGAGCUGCAACGCUUCAAACACUUUCAGACUCUACAGCUGGAGAACUACAAGAAGAAGAAGAGGAAAGAACUGGAAUCUCUUAAAGCCGAGUUGGAUUCUGAGCACGCCCAGAAGGUCUUGGAGAUGGAACACGCACAGCAAGCGAAGCUGAAGGAGAGACAAAAGUAUUUCGAAGAAGCGUUUCAACAAGACAUGGAGCAAUAUCUGUCUACUGGCUACUUACGGAUCACUGACAGGAGAGCAUGUCCAAUAGGCAGCAUGUCCUCUAUGGAGGUGAAUGUGGAUAUGUUGGAGCAGAUGGAUCUUACCGACGUGUCUGACCAUGAGGCUCUGGAUGUUUUCCUCAAUUCUGCGGGUGAUGAGAGCAGUCCUGUGCCUGCAGUCAGAGCUCCAGAUGCUGAGAUCAGCCUGAAGGUUCCAAACAACACAGAACUGAGACAGAACGUCUCGUCCAUCUCGUCCUCAUGCACGGACUCAUACAGUGGUGUAACUGAGGGACCGGACGAGGAGGAGGACGGCAGCGAUGAGAGCAGUGACGCAGGACACUCACCCCUGGUUCAGUGCGAUGAGGAGGAGGUGCAGGCUGACAUGACUCUCGUGGGCCUCGCAGACAACGAGGAGGGACUCAAAAACUCAGAUGACAGUGACACAGGCACCCCAAUGUCCUCAGAGCAACGGAAAAAGGAGUAAAAUAUCUGCUCAGGCUUCUGACCCAGGCAUCCUGGAGCCGAGUGAAAUGAACUUGAGGUGGAGCUUUGAGGCUUGGACUGACUCACUUUCGAGAAAAAUCUUCCUGCUUUGUUUUUCAGCACUGUGACUUUGCUUAAGAAAAUAUUGUAUCACAAGUCUAAGUAUUAUAUAAAAAGCCUGCAGCAUAAACGCCAGAGAAUAAACCUAGACCUAUUAUUAUAUCUACUCAUAAUAAUUCCAUGUGAACAGUGAGAUGUGAACUUUUGAGCUCAUUUUUGCAGUUUAAUGGCAUUUACUUCAUAACCAAAUGAAGAUAAAUGCAUUUAGGGCUUCGAUGAGUUUUUGAUCAAACUUCUUGCUUGUGUUUCUCAGCUCUUGAAUAAACUAGCUGUGAAUGUU